AUGGAAUCUGGAAAGCAAGGACUAAUUAGUACUUGCUCGGAGACGUCAAGCGAAGAAAACGAUCAGACGGAACGAGUCAACGAAGUUUCGGGGGCUAAACGGAGCUAUGAGUGCACGUAUUGCAAGCGCGGAUUCACGAACGCGCAGGCCUUGGGAGGCCACAUGAACAUCCACCGCAAGGAUCGGGCCAAAACCAAGCAGCAAGCAGUACACAACACGGCGGUUUCUUCGCAUUCGAAUUACCACCAAAACGAAGAAAUAUCGAUUGCGGGUUCUCAUCAUUUUAGUACUACUACUACUUCAGUGCCAUUUUCAAGCCAAUUUCCCGCUUGGUACCAGCCAGCUCACGAGAGAAACUAUCACCAAAACAUGCACUUUAGCCCUACAUCCGGUUACUAUUCCAAUUAUGAAGGUGAUCACUACAAUCCGUUUUCUUCGAUGGCAUCCUCGACGACGACCCGGAAUUUGAACAUGAACGAAGAACUCAUGGGUGCUAAUUUGAGCUUGCAAAUCGACACAUCGGAUUUGGAGGAUCACAGAGCCAGGCGAUCGGUAGUACUUGAUGAUGAAGUUGAUUUGGAGCUUCGACUUGGCCAUGGAUGA